ACAUAGAGAGUACAAAGAAAAUGCUUAAACUGAGCAAAGAUUGUACUGGUUUUAUACAUCCUCGUAUGGUUCCUUCUCAUAUACUAUUCGACGAUACAGCGCAGCUCGUAGAAUAUAGAAUAAAGCCUCCUACAUAUUUCAAAGGGGAGUUCAUACAAGAUAGCCGUAAACUAGAGAACACACAUAGUGAGAGGGGAGAGAAGAAAGCAACUAAGAGUACAAUAGAAAGGGAUAACUAUCUACUUAGUGUAUUCUCACAAAAGCCUAAAUCAGUUCUCGUUGAUGAGACGCUACAAGAUUACAGUUUAGUGGAGGAUAGCCAACUUGAUAAUUUCGCAAAAAAGACGGUUCUAGUUGACAAUUCGUUUGAGUUGAACGAAGAGAGUUUCGUUGGCGACAGCGACGUCGACUCUUGAACAGCAACAUCCAGGAUGUCAUCCAGCGCAUUAGAUCAACCAGCGACUUCUAGCCAACCUCUUAAGAAGUUUAAGUUGGUUUUCUUAGGCGAGCAAUCAGUUGGUAAAACCUCUUUAAUUACGAGGUUCAUGUAUGACACAUUCGACAAAACCUAUCAAGCGACUAUCGGUAUAGAUUUCUUAUCAAAGACGAUGUAUUUGGAUGAUAGAACUAUCAGAUUGCAAUUAUGGGAUACAGCCGGUCAAGAGAGGUUCAGAUCGCUCAUACCUUCUUAUAUAAGAGACUCCUCAGUCGCAGUAGUCGUAUAUGACGUCUCAAACAAGAACAGCUAUGACAAUACUUCAAAGUGGAUAGAAGAAGUUAAGCAGGAAAGAGGUGAUGACGUUAUUAUCGUUUUAGUUGGGAAUAAAGUUGAUUUAUCUGAAAAGGAGGUAAAUAACGAUCAAGUGAAGGAAUAUUGCGAUAAUAAUGGUAUACUAUUCAUUGAGACUUCCGCCAAAUCAGGCUUUAAUGUCAAGCAACUUUUCAAAAGAAUAGCGCUUGCUUUGCCCGCUAGUGAGCAAGAUAACUCACAAAAUGAUAACGUUAAAAUACAAGUCGAUAACCAACAAGCUGAUCAACAGUCAAGCUGUAAUUGUUAAAAUGAGCUUUUUGUACUUUUUUAAUUUUUUAUAUUCCAUAUAAUAAUAUCUUCAGACAUCAG